AUGUCAAAGGGUAAGAGUAAAUAUAUCAUAGACCCUAUAAGUGUGAAGACCGUGAGCACCAGUGAGGAGUCGUACAUUCGAUGUGUUGAAUAUGGGAAGGGGAAGGCACAUUACCCGAAUUUGUCGUUGCUGGCCAAGGCCAUUUUGGCUGGCGUUUUCGUCGGCGUCUGUGCGCACGCCUCAGGGAUAGCAGGCGGCCACUUCUACUACCACAAGUUGAGAGAAUACGUGGGCAUCUCGAUGAGCGCCUUCGUGUAUGGAUUCACCUUUCCAAUAGCUUUCCUGUGUAUCAUAGGGACUGGAUCGGACCUGUUCACAGGGAACACCCUAGCCGUGACGACAGCAUUGCUUCAAAGGAAAAUUAGUCUCCUGGCGUAUCUACGGGUAAUGAGUAUAUCGCUCUUUGGUAACUACGUGGGCGCAGUAUCCUUUGCCUUCUUCGUAUCGCAUCUAUCAGGGGCCUUCCAAAAACAUACAGAAAUUAGUAAGAAUCACAUUUUUCAGUUUUUAAAUGAUAUAGCGGUGAAGAAAAUAAACCACACGUUUAUCCAGUGCAUCUGUUUAGCAAUUGGCUGUAACAUCUUUGUUUGUCUAGCUGUGUAUUUUGUACUAACCAUUAAGGACGGGUCCGGGAUGGUCUUUAGUGUCUUCUUCGCUGUGUACGCAUUUGCCAUUGCAGGAUACGAGCACAUUAUCGCAAAUAUGUACACACUUAACCUCGCCCUUAUGGCUAAGACGGACGUCACGUGGUCCAAAGUUUACCUGAAUAACUUGCUACCGACCUUGAUUGGGAACUACAUUGCUGGAGCACUUGUUCUCGCAUGCCCGCUAUUCUACAUUUAUCGCCAUAGCUACAGGGACUACGAAAGGACACGUGGUGAUGGAAGCAACUUUGGUUUGAGGAGUCUCUCCAUAGAAAUGCAGAACGGUAGCAAUGGCAAUUGA